GCUGAGAGGGAGUUUGCUCCUGUGAUCAGUCGACGUGAUUCUACAUCUCUUGUACUGCAGAACAAGCUGGACACAAGAGUGUGGAUGACUGAAAGAAUCUGCCAGGAGCAAUGUGGGGAAUGACUUGGUUAUGUCAGUCUGCAACAUGGGGAGUUUUGGAAGAUUUCCUUCCUUACUCCCUUCACUCUUCCCCUUUUGAACAAGGUUGUUUGCAGCACAGAGAAGUGAGAACCCCGAGCUUCCACAGCCAAAUGAAAGAUGGCCUGGGCCUCUGGAGUGACCUUCAGGUUGGAACAGGGCUUGAGGAGGCUGGAGCCAUCUCUGGGGGAACAUCAUCCAAGCUGGAGUUUGAGCAGUACUGGGAGAGAGGAGGGGCAGAACGGUGCUUUGUGAAGAAGGAGUAGAAGGUUGUGAAGGGGCCAAAGGCUGCUGCGUCACAAUGGGAGGGCGGGUCACUUGAAUCCCAGGCCGGGUUCCAGAGCAACUGAGUGACACUUGGAGGUCUCAGUGGCACGGGGUCAAGUGCCUCUUGGAACUGCUGUUCCAAACUCCUCGUCAGGUUGUGGGCUAACAACCACCCACUGCCAGACAAAAAGACUUCCAGGCCGAUACAUUUGUGUUUAUAGCAGUGAGCGGUGAUGGAGGCUGCCAAGUUCUGUUUUUUUUGCCUUCUGCUAGUUGCCAGCACUUCAUUUGAGUCCACGGAAGCAUUUGUCUUCCGUGCCUCUCUAGAUCUGGUCUAUUUCAACAGCACCAGCAACACCAGUGCCACCCAGCAGUGCAACUGUGGUGUCUAUGGCUCAGGAUCUCCUCGCCGUAGCGCCUCGGGGCUCGUGGCCAUUCCUGUCUCUGGCAGCCUUCAAGCCUGCGCCCCAAACACCCAGUUCAGCACCAGCCACCAGCCCUGGAUCGCGCUGAUCCAAAGCGGCAGCUGCAGCUUUGCUGACAAAAUCCAGGUGGCAGCCAGACGGGGAGCAGCGGCCGUUGUGAUCUACAACGCGCAGGGCAAAGGCAACGACAUUUUCCCCAUGAAGCCUCUCGGUGCUGAAAACAUCGUUGCAAUUAUGAUUGGCAACCUGACAGGGACGGAGAUCUUACACCACAUUGAGAGUGGCCUGAGAGUGACCAUGGCUAUAAAUAUGGGGAAAACACUUGGACUUUUGAUGAUACUAUACACCAUCUUCUACAUCUCUGCAUCGUUUUUCACGGCCGUAGCAGCAACCAUGUGCUACUACAUUUGGUAUUCUGUCCAGAGACGGAAUGUUGCAGGGGCCCUGUCUGAUAGUCAGCGGGAGCUGAGGGCAGUGACUAAGUUGGCCAUAGAACAUUUUGAGCUGCGCACCAUGAAGCAAGGGGACAAGGAGCUUGGACCUGAAGGAGAAAUUUGUGUUGUAUGUCUUGAGCCCUUCCAGCUGAAGGAAGUCGUGCGUGUCCUGACCUGCAAGCACCUCUUCCACAAGCACUGCAUUGACCCCUGGCUCCUGGAGCACGCGACAUGCCCGCUGUGCAAAUGGGACAUCUUCAGUGUGCUGCGUGUUGAGGUGGACGUAGAAGCGGCUGAGCAAGCCAGAGGAUCCAGUGCCACAGCAAAUGUCUCCAUAGUUGAUGAAGUGGGUGACAAUGGUGGAACGAUACCAUCUGAGCAGGCUGCUGUACAAGCAGGAGAUGAACACGUGGUGGAGGAAGAGGCACCACGUGGGACAACUGGAUCCUGAGGAGGAUCCAACAGCAGAGUGUAGGCCUUCGGCAAGGAGCAGCCUACUGCUGUACAUGGGUACCAAAC